AUGACGGCAACGUCCGUUGGUACUGCGACUACCGAGACAGUGCCAACGUCAAGUGCACCACAGACGUUGGCCCCAAGUUCAAGGAUGUCCACAGCCACAACCACAAGGUCAAAUCUCAUGGAGGAGAGGGCGCCUACAAGAAGAAUCAGGCGUACAUCCGAAGAAAUACCGAUGCAGACGUUUUCUGGGAAAGGACGUCGGCAGCCAGACUUGGUGGAUGAUGAUCCGACAACACCGCUGACGGCCUAUAACCUUUGCCACUCUAGGCCACGGCUCUCCCCCCUCAAGGGGGAACCGGGGCCGAGGGCAUUGGUAAUCUUUGAAGCAGGUCUUUUGGGGGCACCUGUCGACCACCACGGCUACCUGGCCGAUGCCAACGUAGCUUAUGGCUACGAAGAAUACCAGCAGCAGGAUGGCCCGCCCGAGAUGCCCAACAAGGGCUACGUCUUCGUCACUUACGGAGAUGCCAGAGAAUCAGAUGCUGCUAUCCAGCGUCCGGGUGGUGUCAUGCACAUGGAUCGCAUGCUGGUCUGUCGCCCUGGUCUGCCCAAGGGCGUUGCGUUCCGCCAGGACGACCUUAACGGAGGCGCAUUCCGUUCUCACCGCAGCCGCCGCUUCGAACGAUUCGACAGCAUGCUGGAGGAAGCCUGA